AUAUUCUUCCCGCUAAAAAUAGAGUCCCUUUUGUUCUCCUUCUUCCCUUACCUCUUUAAAAAAAAGCAAAACCAAAACCCAUGCUUUUUGCGCAUGGGUAAGGGGGGACUGCUGAACUUCAGCCUUGCUUAGUAAUGAGGUUUCUCUUGUCUUUACGGUUUUAAUCUUUGCUUUUCCUCAGUUUCUCAUAUGUUUAAUAUCAGUAAGGUGGAUUCUCCGUGCCUUGUUUCACGCAUUUUAUGAAACUACUUACAGGAACACAUGCAAUACGCUUCGAGAUACUAAAGAGGUAUAGCAGUUUGGCCUACUACAGAAUUAUGGUUCGACUAACAAUGCAUCUAAUUGCUAAAAGCAUCAGUCACAAGAAUCCCAAAGAAGAGUACUUUGCACAGUACCUGCAAAGAAUAACGCAUCUGAAUUUAUCAGAUAAAAAUAUAGAUACAAUUGGCGAUCUCUCUCUGUGCAGAAAUCUUAGAGUUCUAUAUUUAUAUGAUAACCAAAUCAGUCAAAUACAGAACUUGGACUUUGCUACAAAUUUAACACACUUAUACCUGCAAAACAAUUGUAUUUCAUGUAUAGAAAAUCUCUCAUCACUGAAACACCUUGAAAAACUGUAUUUGGGGGGUAAUUGCAUCGCUGUAGUAGAGGGUUUGGAUAAAUUAGAAGGAAUAAGGGAGCUACAUAUUGAAAGUCAACAUCUCCCUCUUGGUGAAAAGCUUCUGUUUGAUCCAAGAUCUCUUACUUCCCUGGCAAAAUCUUUAUCUGUGUUGAAUAUCAGCAAUAACAACAUUGAUGAAUUAGGAGAGUUAGCAGUUUUGGAAAAUAUUUCCCAUCUUACAGCAGUUGACAAUCAGCUUCAAUAUAUGAAGGAUUUGGAGGUUGUAUUAAACAAAUGGACCAAGCUAUGCCACAUGGAUCUUACAGGGAACCCUCUUUGCCACAAACCAAAGUACAGGGACAGGAUUAUAGUAGAGUCACAAACUUUAGAAUCACUUGAUGGGAAAGAAAUUAAAGAAAUGGAAAGACAAUUCCUAAUGAAUUGGAAAGCCUCCAAAGGUGCCAGGAAAAAAAACAAAGAAAGAAUGACAAAUGAGCAUGCAGCCUAUCUAGGUUUCUGUGAGUUUGAAACACAUUAUCCCAUUCUUCCCUUUUACUACAGUCCAUCUGUGAAAGAAUCAAAUUCUUUAAGUCUGUCUGAGAUACCUAAAGAGAGAAGAAAACCUCUGCCAAGAACCCACAAAGAAAAGGAAGUUGUAGGAAUACUCAGUAACCUGGCCUUGAAGGAUUCUAGAAGUUCACUGCCAAAAAAAAGAUGUAUUUGAACCUUACCUCUUCAAUCAAAUACCACUGUAACCAGAGACUACAGCAAUGACUACAUCAUUCUGUUCUCUUAAUUCUCAACAGAAUUAAUUGCGACAUCAAAAUCAAGAUAAAUCAGAGCCAGCUGUGAAAUGAUGUAUGUAAUAGACUAAUAUUUUAAUUCAAAAAAAGAUAUUUGGAGCAAUAAGAUCUUCCUUUUUUAGAGAGUUAAGAUAUUGACUAUCAUAUUAAUCACCAAUUGCCUGUCUAAUAAAGUUGGAUGUAGUCAGUUUUACAUGGUUUGUGGUAAAAUAUUUUGGAAUAAAAGACUGAGUCUUAUCUGAUUUCAUUUGUGUAAGACAUGCUUUGACUAUUAGUAAGACUUUGUUUCUUGUGGAAUUUGAAAAUUAUCAGCUUUGACAUAAAUAUAUGUGGACGAAAUUGUUAACUGUCCCCAUGUAUGUGUGUGUAUGGAAAAAGCUUGUCAGUUUUGUAAUAAGAUAAUGUAUAAUACCCCAAAACUUGAGAUUAUGUCAAUUCAAAUUAGUCUGCGCUCAGGUUUGGCAUUGAAAAAAAAUGGUUUUUGCUGCAUCAGUCAAUAUUCUGGCAAUAGGCAAAAACCAAACAUUCUUUUUUCUCUUUUCAUCUGCAGUUUUUGAUAACACAUAUUAUUAGUUUUAUAGAAAUGCUGCACAGUCAGAGAAGUGUUAACAAAGAUUUAGGAGCAACAGGGACAUCGGUACAGUUCUGACAUUAAGAUCUGCUCAGUCUUGUUUCAUCUCACUGAUGUCAGCUGAGAAGGAAUCAGAAGUAAUGGCAGAAGUAAGUUUCAUUCUAAAUGCCAUUAGUUACAAAAUGUGCAGAAUUGGUCAUUAUUGGAUUCUUUUCUCUUUUUUUUCCCCCCAAAGCUUACAAAAAAAGGUAUUGACAUCUCUUUGGAUAUGUUAUUUGUGUCUUUGUAAUCUCAAACCAACAUUGAACCUAAUACUGCAUUCUAAGAGCAUUCAGAAAUACGAGGAGGCAACUGUCUAUUUAGAAGCAAUGCUUUGUAUUAAAAACAUGUAAAAAUAUCAGCAUUUUGUAGACUAAAUUGUCUGCCUUUUUAUUAAACUUCCUCAAUAAAGGGGUUGUUUUUAA